UAGGGAAAGAGGAAAGAGGAAAGAGGAAAGAGGAAAGAGGAGCGCAGUUAUAAAAAGGAGAGAGAAAACGUCAACUGUCCUCUUCCAAAGCUUUUAACCAUGUGAACAUUUCCUUUUUCCACCACGCACUCUCUCUCUCUUUCUCUUGCCUUCUUUAAAGCUUUGUGUCGCUACUCAGAUAUUGAGAUUGCAGAGAUAGGGGAAGGAGAUCCCUAAAAGUGUGGUGUUGCCAAAGUGCUUUCCAGAUCUGUUGCAAAAGCUGCGGAGGAAAAUUUGAUACAUUUGUGCCUUUGCUUUUGGCUAAGUUCACACUACAAGUUGGUUGCAAGUACACCUGGGAUUCAAGUAAUCUGUAGAAGCCUCAUAUGUCCUAGAUUAACUUGUCAUGGGGCACAAUUGAUACGUCAGAAGGAAAACAACUGGGUAUUGUUCUGUCCUCAGUUCAGCGUUUGGGCGGCAUUGGUGCUUUUCAUGGUAGCCUGUUGUCAUGUUAAUAGAUGUGUUUUAAUGAGAAGCUGCUAGGUUUCAGCUCAUUAAUUAUUCUACAAGGGCCUAAAAUAUUUGCUUCAUCAGGAUCAUCGUGGAGUGUAUGUAUUUUUAUGUGUUCACGACUAUUUCUAUCUUCUGAAGACAAGGGAUCUGGCUCUGUUCUUACAAUGGCUACAUUUGAAGAUGGUUAACCAUAGAAAUCACAUAUGUGCUAUUGGAUGACUCUGUGAAGGGAUGCCAUAAAGCAUCCUGCUAUGGAAUUACUUGAGCAGUGGCAUAAUUGCAUGGAUUUAAUUGAUUUAACUACCCUGAUAGUUGUCUGAGGUUUCUUCAGUUUGCUAUAAGUUUAUAAUCAAGUUUUGGGCUGCUUGUUAUCAGUUCGCUUGAGAACUCAAUCUCAAGCAUGGCAUCUGUGACUAUCAGUGCCAAUCAGAUGCUGGGGAUUCUUCUUCGGCGACUCCCAACUGUUGGUCCUGUGCUUUUGCUGUCAAUGGGAUACAUUGACCCAGGAAAGUGGGCUGCAGCUAUUGACGGAGGUGCUCGUUUUGGUUUUGACCUUUCUGUGCUUAUGCUUAUAUUCAAUUUUGCUGCAAUUCUUUGCCAGUACCUGGCAGCUCGUAUUGGUGUAGUCACUGGGAAAAAUCUUGCUCAGAUUUACAGCGAGGAGUACAAUAAGUCCACAUGCAUAUUAUUAGGAGUUCAAGCAGAGCUUUCAGUGAUUUCUUCGGACCUGACCAUGAUUCUGGGCACUGCACAUGGACUUAAUCUUCUCUUUGGAAUGGACCUUCUUACUUGUGUCUUUUUUGCUGCAACUGAUGCUGUUCUGUUUCCACUUUUUACUAAUCUCUGGAAACGCUCACAUGUUGUGUCUAUGAGCAUAAUGGCUUUUCUCUUGCUGUCUUAUGUUCUUGGAGUGGCUAUCAGUCAACCUGACAUCUCAGUUGCAAUGAAUGGGGUGCCGACAAGAUUAAGUGGGGAGAGUGUAUUCUCGCUUAUGAGCCUUCUCGGGGCAACUAUUGUUCCCCACAAUUUUUAUGUCCACUCUUCUAUUGUACAGCAGCUGCAGGUACAACCACAUGUGUCAAAGGACACCAUGUGUCAUGACCAUUUUGUUGCCAUUAUAUGCAUGUUCAGUGGCAUUUUUGUGGUGAAUUAUGUGUUGAUGAAUUCAGCAGCGACUGUUUUUCACAGUGCGGGUCUUCCUGUCCCUACAUUUCAAGAUGCGCUUUUGCUAAUGGACCAGGUAUUUAGGAGUCCCAUAGCACCUUUGGUCUUUUUCUUGGUGCUGUUCAUCUCUAGCCAGAUCGCAGCAUUAACCUGGAAUUUUAGUGGGCAAGUAGUUUUACGUUAUCUUUUCAUGAUAGACCUACCUGAUUGGCUACAUCGUGCAAUCAUCAGAAUUCUUGCCAUUGUUCCAGCCCUUUGCUGUGCCUGGAAUUAUGGAGCGGAAGGGAUAUAUCAAAUGCUUAUUUUCACCCAAGUUAUGUUAGCUAUGCUGCUUCCAUCUUCUAUCAUCCCCUUAUAUCGGGUCGCCUCAUCAAGAUUGAUCAUGGGUGUCUUCAAAGUCCCUCAAUUUGUUGAAUUUUUAACUGUGAUUACCUUAAUUGGGAUGCUUGGCUUAAAAAUAAUCUUUGUUGUGGAGAUGCUAUUUGGCAAUAGCGAUUGGGUGGGUAAUAUGAGGUCAAACAUGGGAAGCAGUGCGGUUCUCCCGUAUGUUCUUGUCACUGGUUGUUUGUCACUUUGUAUGAUGCUUUGGCUAGCAGCCACACCAUUGAAGUCUGCUACUGUCAAACUGGAUUCACAGUUAUGGUACUCAGAUGUACUAAAGACUCAACUGCAACCAUCGGUGGGGAGAGAGGAAAACAAUUUAAUUGAGGGCAGAAAUCAGGAAGAGCCUGCAGAAGACGACCCAGCACUGGGGAAAUCUUUGGGUUGUCCUUCAGAUGGUUCAGUCGUGGAAUAUGAUAUUGAUUUACCUGAAACAAUUAUGGAUUCUGAUCAAGAACCUCUCCUCAUUUCUGCCGAGAGUCAUGCUGCUAUUACUAGCACUACCACUGCCAUUGCCCCUAGCACUAAUACUGCAGUUCUUGGCUCAAUAACAUCUCAUCCAGAAGAAUCAGCAUCCACAACUGAGUCGGUCCCAGAUGCAGUUGUAGGAAUUGAGGCAUGUGAUGAUAAACUGCAGGAUUCUGGUAGUACUUCACUGAAGUGUGAAUCUGUGGAUCCAGUUGAAAAGACUGCCGGGGUGGGUGGGGACGUACAAACUGAGAAGGAUGAUGAUGAGGGGGAUACUUGGGAACCCGAAGAACCAUCUAAAGUGGUUUCUGGGAGUGGGCCUUCUUCAACUUCUGAGGGUCCAGGAUCUCUUAGGAGUCUCAGUGGGAAAGGUGAUGAAGGCGGAAAUGGAGUUGCAAGCCUUUCAAGACUAUCUGGGUUGGGCCGUGCUGCGAGGCGUCAAUUAGCUGCCAUUCUUGAUGAGUUCUGGGGUCAGUUGUAUGACUUCCAUGGGCAAGCAACUCAAGAAGCAAAGACUAAGAAACUGGAUAUGUUGCUGGGGGCAGAUCCAAGACCCACUGCUUCUUCUCCGAAAUUAGACCCUUCAGGAAAUGAGUCGUCUGGAUACUUCUUUGAUAGAGGAUCUGGGUUUCUGGUCAACACUAGUCUGUAUGACUCUCCCAAGCAACAGAGAGUGCCAAAGAGUGUAGCAUCAUCCUAUGGGGCUCAAAUGGGAUCAUCCUCAUCGUGGUCUUCCCACAGGCAAAUAUAUGAUGCAUAUGUGAACAGUUCCAGGAACAAUAUUGAUGACUAUGGCGAGCGGCGGUAUUCUAGUUUGCGCCUCCCACCAUCUUCUGAGGGCUGGGAUUAUCAGCCUGCCACAGUGCAUGGAUAUCAAAUUGCAUCUUAUCUCAGUAGAAUGGCUUCAGAGAGGGAUUCUGAUCCCUUGACUAGUCUAAUGGACCCACCAACUCCUAAAUCCACAUCUUUUGUCCCCACAAACUACAGAGAUUCGAUUGCAUAUUCUCUGGGGCAAAAACCGCAAAAUGGGAUUAGCUCUACGAAUGCAUCUGCUAUACGGAAUCCAGCGGUGGGAAGGAACAUCUCAUUGCAAACUGAAAGACCCUAUUUUGAUCCCUGUUCUGUUGGCAUGGAGAAUGUAGAGACUUCUGCUUACAAUAAGAAAUACCAUAGCUUACCUGAUAUUUCAGGCCUUGUGAUUCCUGGUCGGGAAUCAUUUUCAUCUGAAAGGAGUGCUCAAUGGGGUGGUCCCAUUGGUUUUGGACAGUUGGCAGGAAGAACAAACUAUGAACAAUCAUCAUUUUCAAAUAGUGGACUCAGGGCGGAAGGUGUUCCUUUAGCAUUUGAUGAAAUCUCUCCAUCCAAGCUCUAUAGAGAUCCUUUCUCUGUACAGCGGAGUUCAAAUUUGGACACAAGGUCUCUUUGGUCUAGGCAGCCUUUUGAGCAGUUAUUUGGAGUGGCAGGGAGAACUCAACGUGUAGGAGAUGAGGGCUUCGGAAGUAGGUCAAACUCAGUUCUGCCAGAAGCCAGCUCUCACAUAGAUUUAGAAGCAAAGCUGCUGCAGUCUUUCAGAUAUUGUAUUGUAAAGCUCUUGAAGUUGGAGGGGUCUGAUUGGUUGUUUCGACAGAAUGAUGGAGCUGACGAGGAUUUGAUUCAUCUUGUUGCUGCCAGAGAGAAAUUCCAUUAUGAAGCUGAAACCAGAGAGGUGAACAGGGCGGUUCAAAUGGGCGACUCUCGUUACCUGUCUUCGGAUCGUAAGUUUAAUUCAGCACUAAGGAAUGAGGAGGCAGGUCUUGCAAGGCUUCUAGUUUCCUCAGUUCCUCACUGUGGAGAGGGCUGUGUUUGGCGAGUGGAUCUGAUUGUGAGCUUUGGCGUGUGGUGCAUCCAUCGAAUCCUGAUUCUUUCACUUAUGGAAAGCCGGCCAGAGCUGUGGGGAAAGUAUACUUUUGUUCUUAAUCGCCUUCAGGGAAUCCUUGAUUUGGCAUUUUCGAAGCCCCGGUCUCCAUUGCCUCCCUGUUUCUGUCUCGAGGUUCCUGUCUUAAAUUCGAGAAGGUCUAGCCCACCGCAAUCAAACGGGCUCUUAUCCCCAUCUGGAAAACCAGUCAAGGUAAAAUGCACAAGUGCGACAACACUCCUCGAUGUAAUCAAGGAGGUUGAGAAUGCAGUAUCCUGCCGCAAGGGCCGAACUGGCACUGCAGCAGGUGAUGUGGCUUUCCCAAAAGGAAAAGAGAAUUUGGCAUCAGUUCUGAAACGUUACAAGCGUCGUCUUUCUAACAAACCGGUAGGGACACAUGAAGGUGGUCCUGGGUCGCGCAAGGUUCCCAUUCCCACCUCUUACAGCUUGUAGAAUAAUGUGGGGUUUUGGAUAACUUUCUCAGGGAACCUAGGGCUGUCUGCUGUUGAAUUCCGUUUAUUAUUCUCCCUGAUCAGUCCUAAACUCAUUUAACUCUUGUUCUUUCUUUCUUUCUCUCUCCCCCUCUCCUCUCCGGGGUAUAUAUACAUAUACAAGCCUUUUGCUGCAAUGUUUCAUUUCCUGUAUAAUAUAUGUUCGUUCUGUAAAAUUAACUGAAAAUUACUACAGGAAGAAAAAAGAAGGGUAGAUGAAAAGGUGGGAAGUUGGUUGA